AUGGAUAUAAACCCUCACGCUAACUUUCUCCACUUAGGAAACUUCACCUAUUUUUCCUUCUUCUCUGAGGUGCACCACUCAGCUCAUGUUGCCACCACCGUCGUCGAGACCCUGGCUAUCGCAGCUGUAUUCCUGGUCUCCGUGGCAGCAAAUGUGGGAGCUGCAGCCAUGGUAAUGUGGGAACGCAGACUGCUGACCAACAAGGCCAUCCUGACCCUCAACUUGUUUGUGGCCGACCUGCUGUUUGUCAGCAUGAUCCCGCUGAUCGUGGCAGUGCGGUGGACGGUGUCCUGGACGCUCGGGUUUACGGCCUGUCACAUUGUGCUGUAUGUCAUAUGCAUGGGCGGCUGUGUCACCAUCACUACCCUGGCCACCAUCAGCGUGGAGAGGCUGCAGGCCAUCCUCCGACUGCGGACCGUGCCCACUUUAAACCGCGGGAUGGUGACUGCCACCCUCUUCUUCAUCUGGGCCUUUUCUGCUUUCACCGCCGUACCCCUCAGUCUGUUCUUUACUGUGGUUGAAGUGGAUUUCCCUGAGAAGGAACAUGUUCACAUUUGUACCCUGAAGUGGCCAGACAACACUGCAGAGAUUGGGUGGAAUGUGGCCUUUGCUGUCCUGUGCUUCCUUCUACCAGGAUUCAUAAUUGUGGUUAGUUACAGCAAAAUAUUAAAGAUUGCUAAAAGAUGUCGGCUAAGGCUCCGACCCAGAAACAGCCAGUCCCCAGUUGGAGACUCUCUAGAGUACCAUGUCUCCCGCCAGGAUAUGAAACUCUUCCGGACCCUUCUGGUCCUCAUGUUCUCCUUCUUAAUCAUGUGGAGCCCCAUUUUCAUCAUCAACUUCCUCAUCGUGGCCAGAAACUUCUUGGCUCACCUAAAUGUGUCCUCUACCAUGUUCUUCUGGGUGGCAACAUUCACACUGGCCAACUCAGCCAUAAAUCCCAUCCUCUACUCGGUCUGCCAGUUCAAGAACAGCUGGCGCAGGUUCUGCUGUGGCUCUGUUGUAGCACCACUGAGAAAAGCACCUUGA